ACUUGCACAGGAAAGAAUAAAAAGUAAAUAGAAAGAAAAAAAAAGUUUGAGAGAAAAAAAAAUCGAAGGUUCAUUUAGAUACGUUAAUGGCGGUUAGGGUUUCUGUUGAUCCCGGAACCUGAAUUUAUCUUUUUAAUUUAUUAUCUAAUUUAUCUAUCUUUAUCUUUAAACCCUAAUUUUUAACAUCUAAUAAAGUCUUAGGCAAAUUUGGGGUUUCUAAUUUGAGUAUUAAGCUACAGCUAAGUAUGGGCGCAUUAGAAAAAUCACAAGCAAACUCCAAUUCGAUGCAGCGGGUAAAGGUUUACCGCCUGAAUGAAGAUGGUAAAUGGGAUGACCAAGGGACAGGGCAUGUUACUGUUGACUAUCUGGAGAGAUCAGAAGAACUUGGCCUGUUUGUUAUUGAUGAAGAAGACAAUGAAACGUUACUUCUGCAUCGUAUCAUACCAGAUGACAUAUACAGAAAGCAAGAAGAUACGAUAAUCUCAUGGAGAGACCCAGAAUAUUCUACAGAAUUAGCGUUGAGCUUUCAAGAAACAACAGGAUGCUCAUACAUAUGGGAUCAUAUUUGUAACGUGCAAAGAAGUCUGCAGUUUAGUACUCUAAACAGUGAGACGUUUCACAGUAUGAAUAGUGAGUUGAGGGAGUUGCCUGCAGUUGAACUUUCCACUCUUCCGUUGAUACUGAAGACUGUAUCUGACAGUGGAAUUUCUGAUCAGAUGAGAUUGGCAGAGCUUAUUUUAAACGAUCAAGAGUUCUUCCACAAGCUGAUGGACCUGUUUAAAAUAUGUGAAGAUCUGGAUAAUACUGAUGGCCUUCACAUGAUAUUUAAAAUUGUCAGAGGAAUCUUUUUUCUUAAUAAUCCCCAGAUUUUUGAGAAAAUUUUUGGCGAUGAAUUGAUCAUGGAUAUUAUCGGCUCCCUUGAGUAUGACCCUGAAAUAUCUCAUGUUCAACAUCACCGUAAUUUUUUGAAAGAGCAUGUUGUCUUCAAGGAGGCCAUACCGAUCAAAGAUCCUCUUGUCUUAUCAAAGAUUCACCAGACAUAUAGAGUUGGCUAUUUGAAGGAUGUUGUCUUGGCUAGAAUAUUGGAUGAGGCAACAGUUCAAAAUCUCAAUUCCAUAAUUCAUGGAAAUAAUGCAGUUGUUGUUUCUUUGUUAAAGGAUGACAGUACGUUUAUUCAGGAAUUAUUUGCGAGGUUGAGAUCGCCCACUACGUCUGCAGAAUCUAAGAAAAAUUUGGUAUUCUUUCUGCAUGAGUUCUGUAGUUUAAGCAAAAGUUUGCAGAUGGUCCAGCAACUCCGGCUGUUUAGGGAUCUCAUGAACGAAGGUAUAUUUGAUAUCAUAACAGAAGCUUUGCAGAAUCAAGACAAUAAGCUUAUAUUAACUGGGACAGAUAUCCUUAUUCUUUUCUUGAAUCAGGAUCCGAACCUUCUGCGCUCUUACGUUGUUAGGCAAGAAGGGAUUCCACUUCUAGGGUUGUUGGUUAAAGGUAUGAUAACAGAUUUUGGAGAGGACAUGCACUGCCAGUUUCUUGAGAUCCUUCGUAGUUUGCUGGAUUCAUAUACAUUGUCAGGAGCGCAUGCACAGGUGCCUGUCUUGAUUGUUCAUUCCAAGUUCCAAUAUGAAAGAGAUAAUAUUAUUGAGAUUUUCUAUGAGAAGCACGUGGGGCAGUUGAUUGAUGUUAUAACAGCAUCAUGCCCAGUUGAAGGCACUGCUCAAUCAAUUGAAAGAUCUACUGGUGGAAGAGUUGAAAAUCAAAAGAGUGUGAAGCCAGAAAUACUCUCAAACAUUUGUGAAUUGCUAUGCUUCUGCGUUCUACACCAUCCUUAUAGAAUAAAGUGUAAUUUUCUCCUCAAUAAUGCUAUAGAUAAAGUUCUGACACUAACGCGAAGAAGGGAAAAGUACCUUGUUGUUGCUGCAGUUCGUUUUGUUCGCACUAUUCUUUCUCGUCAUCAGUUAUUGCAAUCACAGGAUGAGCAUCUGAUAAAUCAUUUUGUGAAGCACGACCUCCUUAAACCAAUUUUAGAUGCCUUUGUUGGCAAUGGCAACCGAUACAAUCUGCUGCAUUCUGCAGUUCUAGAGCUUUUUGAGUAUAUCCGCAAGGAAAAUUUGAAAUCAUUGAUCAAGUAUUUGGUCGAGUCAUUUUGGAAUGAGUUGGUCAAAUUUGAGCAUUUAGCUUCCAUACAGGCUUUUAAGGUUAAAUAUGAGCAGUGUCUAGAGAAUUGUGUUGUGAAAAAUAGUGGUAGCACAUUAGAUACGAGAAGGAGAAUUGAUGAGCGUGCUCUAGAAAAAGAAGAGGAAGAAUACUUUAAUGAGGACAGUGAUGAAGAAGAUACGGCAUCUGCAUCACAUGCCAAAAGGGUUAAGCCCGACACUUCUGUUUCUAAUGGAGUUGCUGCAAGUCAUCCAUCAUUAAGUAGUUCGAGAUCUGGUGGACUGGUUGACUAUGCUGAUGAUGAGGACGACGAAGAUUAUAGACCGCCUCCUAAGAAACAGUCAGAAGCCUCCGAGGAAGAUGAAGGAACUAUGGAGUCUCUUAAGUUGAAGCGGAAGUUUCCUUCUAGGGACAAGGAGCUGGAGCCAGGAAAGAAGCAGCAGCGAUUCGGUAAACACUCAAAAACAAGAGAAAGCGUAUUUGCAGUUCUGUGUUCAUCACUGAGCCAGCUACCUAGUAAGAAAGUUGCCGGCACAGUGCAAACAAUUUCUCGAACAGCUGACGGUAGCAAGGGUUUAAGUGACAAUAACCAUCUAGAGAAGGAACCCGUGAUUUCUAGAAGCUGUAGCGAUACGAGUAGUAACUCGGGGGAGGAAAAUCAUAGGGAUGAAGAUCCUGCCGCCUCUAGAAGCUGUUCUGAUUGUUUGCACAACACAUCAGAAAAUGGACAGCUAAGUGGGGAGGAUGGUCCAUUAAUACCUCCGAAAUCCUCACCGGAAAUGACUGUAAAUGGAUCUUGAAUUUGAUAUUUACGGAUUUAAUUGCAGCAAUUGACAUAUCUAUCUGGUUGGCUUUCUGUUUGACAUAUGGAUUUUACAAGUCAGUUUUCAGCUGCUGAAGGAAACUGCAUGUGGACGGAAGUAAAUGCGUGAAUGCAAUAUAUAUAGCUCAGGUGAUGGUAGGAGAGGAUACUGUAUAGCGCCAUCUGCGGUAAGGACGAAAUACUCAUAAUUUGGCCCCUUUCACUAGUCUUCUGACGUUGAUCCAAGUUAUUGCUGCUUUUGUAAAACAAUUACCAGUGUUAAUUUUUCUUUUUCUUUUUCUACAUUUUCCCUCGUCUUUCUAUAUAUUUUGGCGUUACUUAGUUUUUGUUAGCUGCGUGAACUAUGGGAGGCAAGGACAUCAAAUUAUGUCCUGAAUAGGUUGUGUCUUUUGGUGUUCAGUUUUGUGGUGGUGGUGGGGUUUGGUUGUAAUAGGGGAAGGGUUUUAGUGAGUUAGCCAGAAGCCAAAUUUUCUUAAUUGUAGUACAAUUAUCAUUUAUAGACCCAAUGUAAAUUAUUAUUCCAA